AGGAGCCUCUGUGGAUGCCGGCGCCGCGGCUGAUCUUCUACAACACGGCCAGGGACGACGGCGGCGUGGACGAGUUCGACGAGGGGACGUGGAAGUACUUCUCGUUCAAGGAGCAGAGCCUGGCGGCGCUGCACCGCAGGCUGGCGGAGGAGACCCGGCGCCAGGACUUCGUCGUCUGCCGAAGCCCGCGGGAGCGGCCCGGGGCUGUUCCCCGUCGUCCUGGACCUCCCUCCCGGCAACAGCCAGAUGGAGUUCGUCCUCGUCCCGGCGUCCUCUCCUGCAGUGGCAGUCUGGCAGACGGUAUUGUUUACGAUGAUUGUGGCCCGGGACCGACUGUAUGUACCCCCUUUGUUCGGAAUUACUCGUCCAAGAAAUGAAUGUAUCUAGAUGUAUUUUAGUUGUAGAUACAUCUAUUUUUAUCCAUUUUUGUGACAAGUAAUUCCGAACGGAGGGAGUAUGUAUGAAAAGAUGGAGAGAACUUUCGUCGGUGCGGCGAUAUGCAUUUGGGUCUGUUUAGGACACAUCUAGAUGUGACAUAAUUAUGUCACAUCUAACCUGAUAUUCCACUAUGUUUAUGGUCUUUUGU